ACCAAUAAGCAAUUGAGUAACCGACCAUAGAAAGAGAAGAGAAGGAAGAGGAGAGUGUGUGUUCAGACUGUGCGUGGUCAGGGAUGGGUCCCAGGAUCUGUUCCUCCGAUGCUCACCACCUUCUCCAUGCAAAUCUCACACCUAGUUCCGCUCCUCUCCGUCGACGCGCUCAAUUCCUCACCUUCGCCUCCAAUUUCUCUCCACCUCAGCCACAGGGAGGGGUUGAAGACGACGCCACGGCCAAAAAAUCGUUUGCCGUGGCCACGGGGGAACUCUUCCUGGGGUUGGCGUCGCGGCUGAUCAAGAGCCGCAACAAGGGAAGCAGCCUUGUAGGUGAUUCGGGUUCGGUUGCGAUGUUCGUGAAUUCUUCAGGAAAAGUGUAUGCCGAGGAGAGAAUCGGGGCGGUGGUGGAGGACGAGAUUGAUCCGGACGUGGUUUGGGAGCAAAGAAUGGAAGACGUUGAAGCGGAGCGGAAUAGGUUCAGGCGCGUGGUCACCACCCCUGGCUUUAGCUUCUCUGCUGCUGGACUUCUCUUCCCUUACCAUCUCGGUGUUGCUCAAUUUCUCAUUCAAAAUGGUUACAUUAAGGAAACGACGCCAUUAGCUGGUUCCUCUGCUGGAGCAAUAGUGUGUGCUGUGAUUGCUUCCGGAGCUAGCAUGGAAGAAGCCUUGACUGCUACUAAAAUAUUGGCUGAAGAUUGUCGGAAUCGAGGAACUGCGUUUCGCUUGGGGGCUGUUCUACGUGAUAUUCUUGACAAGUUUUUGCCUGAUGAUGUUCAUAUAAGAUCUAAUGGGAGAGUCCGAGUUGCCGUGACACAGCUUCUUUGGAGACCCAGGGGUUUGUUGGUAGAUCAAUUUGAUUCCAAGGAAGAUCUCAUCAAUGCAGUUUUUACCUCUUCCUUUAUCCCAGGAUAUCUUGCCCCAAGGCCAGCAACGGUGUUUCGGAAUCGGUUAUGCAUUGAUGGGGGUUUGACUUUGUUUAUGCCACCAACAUCUGCUGCACAAACGGUUCGCGUUUGUGCUUUCCCAGCAAGUCGAUUGGGAUUGGAAGGGAUAGGAAUUAGUCCAGACUGCAAUCCAGAAAAUGCAUGUAGCCCACGACAGCUUUUCAACUGGGCACUUGAACCAGCUGAAGAUGCAGUUCUUGACCGACUCUUUGAACUUGGAUAUCUCGAUGCUGCUGUCUGGGCAAAGGAAAACCCAGUUGAAGCAGUAGUUCAAGAUGAUAGUCCUGCCUUUGGAAACAGCAGUACAUCCAGUUCAUGAUGGUCCUACGUACGAACUCAUAAUGAUAGUUCACUGCAUGAAUUGAAGAUGCAUGACGAAAUAUAGACAAUUGGAAUCAAACAACUAUUCUUCCUUGUAAUGGAACAUGAAAUUAGGAAAAAAUUCAUGAGAAGUACGGAAUGAGAGUACUGAUCUCGUUUAUUCAUAUUUAUUGUAGAUUGGAAUAGAAUCAAAGGAAGGAAAGAAAGAAAAAGAAGAGAUAAUAAGUUUAACAGUCAGAAGGUUAAUGUAUUUUGGAAAUUAUAGUGAAUUAUAAAUAGAAUUUACAGCUA